AUGUCGUUUUUGAACACCAUAAGGGGGCUAGGCCGUAGUUCGAAGAAAAAUAAGAAAGACUUGGAUGUCCCGACAUCUAUUUACCUGCACCCUAAUUCUUCAGGUUCAACCUUGAGAAGAUCUCAAUCUCCUACAAAGUCUCCAUCCAGACAACGAAAUAAUCAAUACAACAAGAGUCCUACCAAGGCAAGAACACAGUACGCUCAACAGCAGCAUCAACAACAGCAUCAGUUGCUGCUGCAACAGGCACAGCUUCAACAUCAGCAACAAUCACAGCUUCUGUCUACGCCUCUUCUCGAUAGUACCACGGGGUCCAUCAUUCCCGACCAGAGUGGCAGGAAGGGAACAUCAGGGAAUACCACUGCCGCUGUGGGAGGUAAUACCACGUCAUUAGGGAGUAUACCAACUUCAGGGGGCUCUUCUGCCCUACCAGCAGCCACAAAACUACCACUUUUCCUUUGUGAACCAUUUGUGAAAACAGCACUUGUCAAGGGAUCAUUCAAAACAAUCGUUCAACUUCCUAAAUACGUAGAUUAUGGCGAAUGGGUAGCCCUUAACAUCUUUGAACUGUUCAAUAACUUGAACCAGUUCUAUGGAAUCAUAGCGGAGUAUGUGACUCCAGAGGCGUACCCCACCAUGAAUGCCGGCCCAUACACCAACUACAUGUGGGUUGAUGGUUCUGGACAAAUGGUAAAUCUCCCAGCUGGGACUUAUAUCGAUUAUGUCUUGACAUGGAUCAGCAACAAAAUCAACGAUCAAAGCGUAUUCCCAACUAAAAGUGGCGGUGCAUUCCCACCAAAUUUUUUGAAGGAUUGUAAAAACAUUUCACGUCAAAUGUUUCGUAUCUUUGCUCAUAUUUAUCAUAAUCAUUUUGAAAAAAUUGUCCAUUUAUCGUUGGAGGCCCAUUGGAAUUCGUUCUUUUCUCACUUUAUUAGUUUUGUGAAGGAGUUUGGAAUGAUAGAACGUGCCGAAUUGGAUCCUUUGUUGCCGUUGAUCGAGAACUUGGAACAGCAAGGUAAAAUCGUUUGA